GCCGCCAGGGCGCGGUGACAUGAGCGUCCCCGCCCCAUGUCCAGCCUGCAGCGCCCCAUGGCUGCUCCGGCCCAGGCCCCGCUGGGCUCGCUGAGCGCCGAGCAGGCCAAAGUGGUUCUGGCCGAGGUCAUCAAGGCCUUCGGCUCCCCGGAGAAUGCCCAGCGCAUGGAGGAGGCCCGGGAUAACGCCUGCAAUGACAUGGGCAAGAUGCUGCAGUUCCUGCUGCCCGUGGCCACACAGAUCCAGCAGGAUGUGAUCAAAGCCUAUGGCUUCAGUAAUGAUGGAGAAGGGGUCCUGAAAUUUGCCAGACUGAUAAAAUCUUAUGAGUCCCAGGACCCAGAGAUUGCAAACAUGUCCGGGAAGCUAAAAGCCAUGUUCCUGCCUCCAAUGACACUGCCCCCACAUGGGGCUGGGACAGGGGGUGUGGCUGCCUCCUGAAACUGGGACCCUCUGCUGGCCUUCCUGGUCAAGGUCACAUGACACUCAGUGUGUGAGAAUUUUUGCCUAGUUAUAUUCCAGGACUGCUCUCCACCAUUAUCAUCAGUGUGCUGCAAUUGGUCAGAAGAGCCACCUACUUCCUGGAAGCUCUGCAGCAACUGGCUUCUUUGUGCAUCUUUGAUUUUUGUGCUUGUGAAUAAAAGCUGCUUUGAAAAUGUC